AUGAGUGUGUUGGGCAGCUCAAUUUCCGCCUGUCAUGGUUGUGGGGAUGACCCUUUGGCUCAGAACUGUUGGCCAACUCGCUUCUUUAUGUGGUGGAAUUCGGUAUUUCCAAAUCCAGCGACCCAAAUCACCAAUGGCGCUCGUAGAAGAACAGACUCUUCUUACUUUGCGUUUUGCCAUUCCCAUCAUCUCCCAGAUGAGACAGACCUCGUCAUCAUGGACUUUGACACUGAGGACAGAACAGACGAUCAAGCUCUGGAGCACUUCGAACUCCUUGUUCGAUCGAUCCUCAACAGACAUGAUUCUCCCGCCAUUAUCAUUUUGGGACACUUUGCACCGCAGCUGCAAAUGUCCCAUGGUUUCAAUGGACCAGAGUUUCAACACUCGGUCGUAGCUCAAUACUACGACAUCCCUCAUAUCUCCAUCAAAGGCCCGAUGUACGAAGAAUUUCUGUCGGAUCCAGACGUCUACGCCCAUAAUUAUCAUGUCGACCCGGUUCUCGCUAACCCAAGAGGACACGAGUUAUUAUCAGAUAUCUUGAUAUCUUACUUUCAGUCGCAGAUCUGCCGAGGGUGGGAUGUGGCGAUGGGGCAGGCCUAUGACGUUCCUGUGACUAGUGGUCAGAGUAACAAGGCCACAGAUGCUAAAGGUCUCUUCGGAGGAAUACGAGCAGGUGGCGAAGGGAUGAUGAACGGCGCGAACAACGAUGCUGGUGGGCACCCUGCCGAGAAGGAUUCGACAACUGGUGGGACAUCUGGGGGCUUCAAAAUACCCAACGGCAGAAUUGCUUCACGACCAUGGGACCUUCCGAACUUCAAGGAGGCUCGCCCAUUUUGCGUUGCCGCGGACGACCUAAUUAACCCACUUCCACCAAGCCUAUUUUAUGGCACUGGCUUCCACGUGUAUCAUCCCACAGGAGGCGACGACAAUCGACACUACUGGUACUCCGUCCUACCGACAAGCAAACUACGCGUUCCCAUUAAAGUCACUGCUGGAGACGUUGCUGUCUAUAUUCUUGAAGAAGGUAAAUCACCAGAGCAGAGCAGCAGUAUCGAAUGUUGGGUCGACGAUAACUACGGAGGACGAAUGCGCAUUCAGAAUAGCGGAACGUCUGGCGUCCAUCCCAAGCUAAUUGUCAUUGAUCAUGGUGUCUCUACGGGGCCCCAUUUCGUCGAAUGCCAGCUGAUGGGAGACGACGUUGGCCCUGUUGAGCCUUUCAAGAUACUUGGUAUCUUCGCCACCUAG